GAUGGAUGUUGCCGAUCGCAAUAGCAGGGCUGGCUAUGGCGGAUUGGCCAUAGCGAGCAACAGACCGCCAUAGCCAGUAAAGCUCCCUUCAGCAUGGACAGCACGUGUGCCGCACCGGCCCUUCCACACUCUGCGCUGAAUAACGCCCUGACUCUGCCUUCGCUUUAUUCCGAUCCGUCGGUUUCAGCUGACGAGGAGGUCUAUCAUGAAGCCGGACAUGGACUCCUGGCUUGCUUGUGGCAGGGCGCGCAUACAAGUUCCGGUUUCCACAGCUUGGAGACUGCGUGGAAUCAUCGGCCACGGCAUAGCAUACAAGUGGAUGCGGCGCUUUCCUCGUGGCGUGGUUUGGUCACCGCUGGUACUUCAUCUGAUUGCAUGGACGCGUGCAAGCACAUCAUGGUCGCUUACUCUGGUUGAUUUGUACGUGGAGGUUCUUUCGAAGUGACUCAGGAUGCUAGCUUCUAUGGCGUCCUCGUUGUGUGUGAGGUUUGAUGCGCUCAACCAGCUUGCUUUACGCGGCAAUAGCUACAGCUCUCUGAUUUCACAAGAGGUUUCUAAAUGCGGAUCGCUGGAGCCUAGCACACUCAGCAAAGUUCAUCUUACAAAUCGUCAUGAAGUGCCUGGGAGCAGACGGUUUGCUAGAACCAUGGCCAGCAGUGUUCGUUCAGUUGUGGAAGUUGCAGACAAGGCAGUCGUUCCAGGUCUCCGUGAAACUGUAUGGCAUCAGCAAGAUCAGAAAGUCACCUAUCCAAAGCUGGAGAAGGAUGCCAGUGCUGAUGUGAUCGUUGUUGGGACUGGCAUUUCUGGUCUUAGCAUUGCUUACAAUUUGCUUAAGGCAGGCAAGAGCGUCAUAGUAGUCGAAUCCCGAGUAGUUGGUGCCGGCCAGACUGGCAGGUCGACGGCGCACAUCAUGCCGUGGUUCGAUGACUAUUAUCAUUUGGUGGAGAAAGUGCAUGGCUUCGAGAAUUCCAAAAAAGUGGCGGAUAGUUACCAAAAUGCCAUUUCCUGGAUUGAGCAGACUGUGAACGAGGAAAAAAUUGACUGUGAUUUUUCCCGUGUUGAUGGAUACCUUUUUCCACACGAUGAUUCUACAAGAGCUCACUCUAGACUCCAGAAGGAAUUUGAAGCUUGCCAAAAGCUUGGUCUCAAUGUUGAGAUGGUAGAUCUAGGAAGUGAUCCUUCCAGUGGAAGCAUCAGUACUGCAUUGAGAUUUCCUAAUGCUGGGCAAUUUAAUCCUAUAAAGUACUUGAAUGGACUUGCUAAAGCCGUGGCCUCGAAAGGAGGAAGAAUAUAUGAGACAACAAAGGUACGUAAGAUUGAUAACGACAAUGUGACUACUACGGAUGGUAUAACAGUAAAAGGAGGGGCUGUGGUUAUGGCCACAUACACACCACUUCACAGAGAUCAGCUCAUUCACACGUUUCAACAACCGGAGUACUUCUACGCUAUUGGCCUCAAGCUGCCCAAAGGAUCUGUUAAAAAAUCGCAAUGGUGGGAUACAGCUACACCAUAUCACAAUGUACGGAUUGAGGAGAGGGAAGAUUAUGACAUCUUAGUCGUUGGUGGAGAGGAUCACAAUUCAGGUAUGAAAUUGGAGGAUUACCAGGAUGCCCACAGCAACCUCGAGAAAUGGGCGAAGAAGCGUUGGACAUCUGCUGGUGAAGUGCUGUACAAAUGGACCGGCCAGGUUUACAAGCCUGUGGAUUAUGUACAUUUGAUCGGGCCUGAUCCAUUGGCCAACACAACUGGAGGUGUACUUGCUUACGACCAACUUGUCGCUACAGGUGAUAGUGGACAAGCGAUGACGUCUGGGACUAUAGCUGGACUUUUAAUCACUGACUUGAUAACUGGAAAGCCCAACCCAUUCGCUGAUCUCUAUAGCCCAAAGAGAGGACCGAAACCUUCAUCUGAAACCGCCUCUGGCACAGGAGUGCGAAUUUGGAACACGAUUGAGGGUAUCACAGACCUGUUGCCAAUUGCAGGUGCAGAUAAUGUGGAGAUCAGAGAUCUUGCACCUUGUGCUGGAUGUGUCAUUCAGGAUGGCAAGAGCAAAGUGGCUGUUUACAAAGAUGAGGAUGGUGUGCACAAGUACUCAGCCGUUUGCCCACAUUUGGGAUGUGUUGUGAAAUGGAACCCAAUUGACGGUGCCUUCAACUGCCCCUGCCACGGCUCUAUCUUUGAUCACCACGGAACCGUAAUAAAUGGCCCGGCAAAUGUUGACCUUCAACCCAUAGAUUGAGUGGAUUCACAGUGUACAUUAUUGAGGUACACAUGCCUUGUCUCACCUACACAUUUCAGAUCUAAAAGUGAGUUCAUUCCCACAGAUGGUAAUUUACCGCUAUCUUUAACUGGUAGUCGCACAGCCAUCCAACUCAUCUGUAAAGAGAGUAAAUGGUGAGAUUCAGGAGUACUGCCGUUGUAUAAUUUUGUUACAGCAGCAUAAUCUGUGAGGAUGCAAUUUGUGGAAUUUGCAACUUCUUGAAUCUCACCAUUUACUCUCUUUACAGAUGUAAAGAAAUUUAAACCGUUUACUCAUCUUGUUGAAGUUUCUUUUGCGGACUUUAAUAUUCUGUACCAGUAAGUAAUAUUUCUUUGCAUGUAGCUGCCAUGCCCGUCUGCCUAAUUUUCCAAUGUAGUUUCUCCUUCAGUGACUAUAAUGUCUAAAGGUAUCAGUUCCACUGAUUUUAUUUCCCAAAAUGUGAUUUGAGGUAAAUUGAUUUAAAUGUCCUAGAAUCUUGAUUAAAGUG